AUGGCUACCGUCAGUACGACUGAUACCCCCUCGGCACCACCAACGCUGGUGGAAGCGGUUACAGAGGUGGAGGAGCGCAAAAGUUGUUCCGGCGACCGGCGCCGAUCCGCCGGUUCUCACUCCACUGUUGUCCCCGUCGACGUUGGGGAGCUGGAUAACGUCAACGCCCUUGUCGUCGAUGUGGAUACCGACCGCAAUGCACCUGCCCUGCCCCUGGUGCCGAUAGCGCGCACUGCCACCCGUGGCACCGCGAAAGGAGCGGGCAGUGGCACCGCGGAAGAACCUUUGCCGCCAAACAACAUGUGGCUCGUCAUGCCAGCACUUGGCCUGGUAGCGUUCAUUUCGGCUUUGGAUCAAACAAUCAUUUCAACAGCAUUGCCAACCAUUGCGGCCGAGCUUGGCGCUACACCAAGCCAGUAUUCAUGGGUCGGCACAUCCUACCUCCUGGCGCAAACCAUCAUGACCCCGAUCAACGGCCGCGUCACAGAUAUCAUUGGGCGCAAGCCGAUGCUGUAUGCCAGUAUCAUCAUCAUGCUGGUGUUUAGCGCCUUUUGCGGAGCAGCCAAGAACAUCAGGUGGUUGAUCGUCGCGCGCGCGUUUGCAGGUCUUGGCGGCGGCUCGAUCGUGGGCAUGACGACCAUUGUGAUCUCCGACAUUGUGCCGCUGCAUAAAAUCGGCGAGUACCAAGGAAACCUCGGUGUCGCGUACGGUUUUGCCUCUGUCCUGGGGCCCGUGCUGGGAGGCCUGUUGACUGAGCGUGUCAGCUGGCGAUGGUGUUUCUACAUCAACAUCCCUUGCUGCGCCAUCUCCCUCGUCCUCCUCUUCUUCACGCUCAAGCUGAACCGCUCAAGGCACACGACGUUCGCAGAGGUGCGGCGUACAUUCGACUUUUUGGGCCUCGCACUCAUCAUCGUGGGCGCCGCGCUCACCAUCAUUGGCUUCUCCACCGCGGCGGAUAACGGCUUCGGCGUGCCGGGAGCGUACGCCGUCAUCGCCGCGGGCGGUGUGGUGCUUUUCUUGGCCGUGGUGCAUUUCUUGACUACCAAGCGCAACGCCAUCGUGCCUCGACGUAUGCUGCGCACGCGUACCCCGCUGUUCUUCAUGCUCGGGUCGUUUUUCCAGUCGCUCAUGUUCGUCGCGGCGGGAUACCUGCUGCCCCAGUUCUUCCAGGGUGUCCGCGGCUCGGGCGCGCUCUCUGCAGGUCUCCAGCUCCUGCCCUUCGCGGUCGGCAGCGCCGUGUUCGGCGUCAUGGCAGGGCAGAUCACCUCGCGGUUCCGUAUCGUCCGCCCCUUAGUCUGGAUAGGGUACGCCAUCGCCGCCGUCGCCUACCUGCUAUGGUACCAGUUCUUCACGGCUACAGUGACCAUGGCGACGCAGGAGGGCCUGCUGCUCCUCGCCUCCGUGGGCGUCGGCAUCUCCCUCAUGCCGCCCAUCCUCGUCAUCCAGGCCGCGAUGCCGUGGCGCGACAUGGCGGCCAGCACGUCGACGUGGGUGCUCAUGCGUAGUCUCGGUGCGACGGUCGGGCUGGCCAUCUUCACGGCCAUCCUUAACACGGGCAUCAGGCAGCGUUUCGUCAAGAUCCCGGGCUACGGGACCGUUUUCCAGGUCCCAGAGGGCACUACGGGGUACAAGGCCCUGCACGACUUGCCCGAGGGCGAGACGCGCACGCAGGUGCUGGAGGCGUUUGCGGAUAGCGUCAAGAUGUGUUUCGUCGUCGGCGCCGCGUUCCUGUUCGCCGCCCUCCUCGUAAGCUACAUGAUUCCAAGGCAGGCUAAAAGGCUCACACCACAGCUCACACUGUGUACCAAGUCGUACUCCCUGAACCGGCGCCGCGACGCCGAGCCCUCCGACGACGCCAGUGGAGAGGCGACUGCUGUGGCCAGCGAGGACGAAAAGGAAAAGGACGACAAGAUGGCCACGACCGAAGAGGUGGAGACAAAGGAAACGGACAAGUCGCCCGUCUGA